AUGCACAAAUAUCAACCACGAAUCCAUAUCGUCAGGCGAAAUAAAGGUCCAGCACCUGGAUCAAACAGGAUGAAUCUCAAUGAAGAAGUUCAUCGAACAUUUGUUUUCACAGGAAACACAAUUCAUGGCCGUCACAGCAUAUCAGAAUCAGUUGAUAACAAAGCUGAAAAUCGAAAAGAACCCGUUUGCGAAAGGAUUCCGGGAUCCCAGUGGGAGGUCGCCGGAGUACGAACCCGAUUCACGACCCGAUCUACCUCUGAUCAUGCCCAUGUACAAUCCGGUCAUCUUCCAACAAGCUCUACUGGGUCAAUAUUACCUCAAAGCGGCGGCCGCCAGGGUAAUGCCGUCGUUGAAUCCGUCGAUGCUGUCACAUGUGCUGUUCUCGCAGAUGCCGUCCUUACCGAACUCCUCCGAUCGGCCGUUGAACGCCAUCAAUCCGUCACCGGCAAAAUCGGAAAGUCUGCCAAUCUAGACAUCGCCUUUUUACCUUGA